AUGGCUCUGCCGUACGACGCGCUGUUCCUGGGCAGCUUUGCCUAUGCGGGCUACCGCGCCUUGGGGCGGUGGCUCAAGUUCAGCGACGACAGCGCCAAGCACAGGAGGGACGUGGACUUUUUCGACUCCCUGAACGAGCUGCUGGAUAAGAAGGCGGCGGAGGGGGAGAGGGGCGGCGCGCGCAUGGGCCAGGGCGCGGCGGCCAGCGGGCAGGGGCAGCUGUGGGCGGAGUGGCCGAGGAUGCGGCCUGAGCAGCGCGCCAAGCUGCUGGAGGAGAUGCUCAAGGUGCUGCGCCUGACGGGCCGGGACGCGCGCUGGCGCCACCUGCGCGGCGCCAAGGGCGAGACCUGGGCCAAGCUGACUCCCAAGCAGCGCGGCGAGCUGGUGUGGGCGGCCGACGCCCUGGACUGGGGCUUCGUGGACGAGAUCGUCGAGGCCGCAGACGCGCCGCACGCCGGUGCCUCGAUCUGGCAGAUCACCGACCCGCUGCCCCAGCUGUCGGAGGAGCCGUUCAAAUCCCGCGCGCCCCGUGAGGACGCCGCGACGCUGCGGCAGGCGGUCGCGGCGGAGGAGGCGGCGGUGGGCAAGGCGCUGCGUGCGGGGCAGGCGGCGGCGGCGGAGGAGCUGGAGCCGGUGGAGAGCCUCACAGUGGCUGAGGCGGCGCGGCGCGUGACCGUGCUGCGGGAGCUGCUGCAGGGCACGCUGGGGCUGUCCACGGGCGGCCGCGCCAAGCGCGGACAGGAGCUGAUGCGACACACUUAA